GUGGGAUAAUCCCACUAUUCUGCCAUGGACAGUUUCAACUUCUCGACCACACUGGCUUCUUGGGAGGAGAAUUCAACAGCCACCAGCACCAUCUUAAUUUCUGGGAAUCUGUCUUUAGCUGCCAGUCUUGGUAUGGAUGUCAGCGGUGUCCUCAUCCCUCUGGUUUACCUCAUAGUCUGUGUGGUAGGGCUAGCUGGAAACUCCCUGGUUAUCUAUGUGGUUUUGUGCCAUUCAGUGAGUGAAUCGGUAACUAAUGUCUACAUCCUCAACUUGGCAUUGGCAGACGAACUCUUCAUGCUUGGCCUACCCUUCCUGGCUGCCCAAAAUGCAUUGUCCUAUUGGCCUUUUGGUUCAUUCAUGUGCCGGCUAGUCAUGGCCGUGGAUGCCAUAAACCAGUUCACUAGUAUUUUUUGCCUGACUGUGAUGAGCGUUGACCGUUACUUGGCAGUGGUGCAUCCAGGGAAGUCAUCAAAAUGGAGGACAGCACGUGUGGCCAAGGUGGUCAGUGCCACAGUGUGGGUGCUCUCUUCAGUGGUAGUGCUGCCAGUGGUGGUGUUCUCAGACGUUCCUCUAGGCAUGAGCACAUGCCACAUCCAGUGGCCAGAGCCAGCGUCCGUAUGGAAAACUGGCUUCAUUGUCUACACAGCUGCACUUGGCUUCUUCGGGCCACUGCUGGUAAUCUGUCUCUGUUACUUACUCAUUGUUGUCAAGGUCCGAUCCUCAGGCAGGAAGGUACGAGCACUGACAGCCAAGCGCAAGCGCUCUGAACGGAGAGUCACACGCAUGGUGGUCACUGUGGUGGCUGUCUUUGUAUUAUGCUGGCUGCCAUUCUAUGUGCUCAACAUCGUCAAUGUCAUCUGGUCUCUGCCUGAGGAACCAUCGCUUUUCGGCAUCUACUUCCUGGUUGUGGUGCUGCCCUAUGCUAACAGCUGUGCCAACCCCAUUAUCUAUGGUUUCCUCUCCUACCGCUUCAAGCAGGGUUUCCGCAGGGCCCUCCUGAGACCCUCCCGUCGAGUGCAGAGCCAAGAAGUCGCAGCCGCAGCCACCACACCAGAUAAAAUGGAAGAGGAGGAGGAAGAGGAGGAGGAGGAGGAGGAGGAGGAAGAAAUGGAAGCAGGAGUGACUGAGGUCAGCAAGAUCACCCAGAAUGGCAAUGGCAGGCCGGAAUGUGUCCCGAGCAGCGGAGCAGGAGGCAGUGAACAAAAACAACUUCCUGAGGAGCCUGUGAGUUGUGAGAAACCCAGCUUUGUAAACACCAGCUACUUGUAG